AAACAAACCACUCUUAUAAAGUGGAACAAAUUCAAUAUUUGUUUUAUUAUACUGUUCCUUUAACUGUAUGGAAUGUUUUGUAAUUUGGCACUGAAGAUGGAAUACUUUACUCAGAUUGGAUGUUGAAGAACAUCUCAUGGAUGGACUCUCUGACAUUGCCGGUUGUGGAGACCUGCUUGUCCAGUUAUGUCAACAAUCUGAUCACACAGUUAGCUGUCACUGAAGCAUGCGAUGAUAGUGCACUGAAUGAAGGAUUUCUAGACUUCAAAUAUAUCUGUAGUAUGCUUCCAGGUAACGCAGAGGAUGAGCCAAGUGUAUACUUUCCAGCCUGUGUGACCAGUUUAGCUCCAAUUCUUACAUCAGUAGAAAAUCUUGUGGGAAAGAUUGGUCCGCAGAACUUCCUUGAUACUUACCUUCCAUAUGUUUCCUGGACUGGAAAGCAACAGGUACUGGCGGAAAUAUGGCGCGACAUGUUUACUCAUAACCCUGUGGAUGAAGUCACUGCCGUGCUGGUCACCUCAGCUGUUCUUGAGAGAGCCCUCGGUGAUGUGUAUAUGUUGAAAGGGCCAGCCCCGUGUCCGUCCAUGCUGAAAGAUCUGCUUGUAACAGAGCAGCUUAAGGAAAUUCUUGGAGAACACGUGAUGUGCAUACUCCGGCUGGUAAUGGGUCCUCCAACCUCUCUUAACCUCCGAAAUGUUGCAUGGCAUGGUUUUCCCUUUCCGGGAGAAAUACCAGCAAGGUGUAUUUGGUUCCUGAUACUACUGGUACCCAGCAUAGGUCGUGUGUUGGAAGAGAGGCUGGUCCCAGUCCUGAUGUUACACCGGGAACCUGUGGUCUUUCCUCGCACCAAACUUAUUACAGAGGUUGAUAUUUUGUCUAGCAAGGACCUCAUUGAGGCUGUAAAAGACACCCAAUUUUCAUCCUGGGACACAAGAAUGUUUUGGACAAAUAUCACCAGUUUAUAUACGCAAGAAAGGUAUGGUGAAUGUACCGCUCUUCUACUCUACUACCUAGAGCAAGGUCUACGGCUUGUGUUUGCUACUGCCAACAACUGCGAGAACAGAAUUUUGACUGCUGAGGCAACGACAUUAUACACUACAUUUGAUGAGAUGUUAGAUCCUUUUCUCCCUGAUGGGUCUGAAAACCGACUGAGGAUGGUUAUAGGAGAAGAGAUAUUGGAAAUAAUCCUUGACCACCUGACCUACCCGGGCGGCCCUAGGGUGAGGGACCGUUUGAGUCACGGUGAAGCAUGCUGGGAAAGGUUUCCAUGGCAACUCACACGUAACCUGGCAACUAUCUGUGUGGCACUGUCAGCCAUGUUUGUAAAGGAUGGGAAACAUAUUCAUAACAAAUGUGUAACCAUACUUCAUGAGGAUAUUAAGUCAUACAGUGUCCAGUUUCAUAGAAUAAGCCUGUUAAAGAAGGAGAUAUCUACCUUCUUUAAGAAAGCAUCUGAGACAGAUUCCAUGAUUUUACUGCAGCCUGACCUUAGUGAAAGAAAGCCAAAUGAUCCUUUCCAGUCUACAGAUGAAGCAUCUUCACUUGAAGCAAAGCUCAGGGACAUCGUUGCUGUUUUUGAUGGACAUUGGGCAUAUGUGGGCUCAAAAUGUUUUCAAUAUUGUGACCUCCAUCAUUUGAAAUCAACAGUUGAUGAAAUUUUGCAGCAAAAGAUACAUACCCUGUACAGAAACUCGAAGGGUUCCAACUGUGAUAUUGAAAAUGAGGUGCUAACACUGCUGGACCAUAUAGUAGAUGAGUGUUUGCAAGUCAUCACUCAGAUGCAACAGUUUGCAACAAACAGGCAACAGCAGAUGACUCUAAAACAGCUCAGGUCACGGCAGAGAGAGAACUUCAAGAAGUUCCUAGCAAGUGUACCAUCAUUGGUUGUGGGGCCGUGCACAUGUGUAUACAUGUGUUGUUGCCAACUAUAUCAACUUGAUGAAAUAAAGGCGAGGGAAGGACCUCAAUCAAACAACAAAUUAAUCAAAUUCUGGAAGUCUGUGCUGAAGUUGUGUGAGAAUUUACGAACAUUUACGCACCAUGAUAAGAACAAAUGGACAGAAGGGGAGGACCCAGCCGGAACAAUUUUUCAGUCGGCCGAUUGUUUCCCAGUAUUCGACACUCCUCGGCCAUUUUUAUCGACAACAACCUCGGCUGUAUGCCAGUACAUCAGUAGAAGUAGUAACGCAGAGGAUGAGCCAAGUUUGUACUUUCCUGCCUGCGUGACCAGUUUAGCUCCUAUACUUACAUCGGUAGAAAAUUAUGUGGAAGAGAUUGGACCACAGAACUUCCUUGAUACUUACCUUCCAUAUGUUUCCUGGACUGGAAAGCAACAGGAUGAAGUCACUGCCCUGCUGGUCUCCUCAGCUGUUCUUGAGAGAGCUCUCGGGGAUGUAAGACUGAUAAGUAAACUUAAUUUUCUUUCUGAGUAUUAUUUAUCAAUAAAAUUAUUGGAUGAGAUGUACUAAACAAUGGGUCGAUUAUUAAAGACUUUGUUAACCUUACAAAGGCAUUGUUGUUUAAACCUUUAAAGGGUUAAUGAUGAAUCAUAUAUUUAGAAAAAAAAACUUGUAUUGUAACUGAUACCGUGUACUUGUAGUUUGUAUACUGCAAUUGAAAGGAGGCAGUAACUCCUACAUGUGCAAACGGCCAUACUUAAAAUUAAGUAGUUCCUCUAAAUCGUACUACGAACAUAAACAACAUCCGUAUUUUUGUUAUUUUAAAGAUAUACAUGUGCGCCCACUGAGGCACUGUGUGAUUCUGACAAGUGUAAAACAAUACAUUGGGAUUGUUUAGAAAAUCUUGAAAAUUUAGCAACACGAUAAAUAUAUCUAUAAAUGGUGAAAUAGUUUAAGAUGUACUCAUAUAUUUAAAUAUAUACAAGUACAGCUGAAAAAAGUAUUGUUAAAACACAUCAGUUCUUACAAUUUCAAAACCAGUUAAUAUAUGAACGUAAAAAACGAUGGCCUUAACAAAGUUUAUAAAAGAUGGCUCUAUGUGAGAAUAACAUGAUAAUCUGUAUAUGUCUGAACAAACAAUACUGGAUAUUGUGUAUGUUUCUUUUUUUGAUGCCUAGAUGUUAGAUACUUUCCUCCUUAAAGGGACAGAAAACCGACACAGGAUGGUUAUGGGUGAAGAUAUAUUGGUAAGAAACACUUGAUUGUAGUGUUCAGUAAACCGUCUCAGGAAAGUUAUAGGAGAAAAUAUAUUGGUAAGGAACACUUGAUUUCAUUGCUCAGAAAACAAACUCAGGAUGGUUAUAGGUGAAGAUAUAUUUGUAAGGAACACUUGAUUUCAUUGCUCAGAAAACUAACCCAGGAUGGUUAUAGGUGAAGAUAUAUUUGUAAGGAACACUUGAUUGCAUUGCUCAGAAAACCAACCCAGGAUGGUCAUAGGUGAAGAUAUAUUUGCAAGGAACACUUGAUUGCAUU